AUGGGCAAUGAAAUAAUAGAAUUUGCACCAAAUUGGCAUCCUCAGAAAAUAAUGAUGGAUUUUGAAAAAGCAUUGAUCAAUACAUUUGGUAGCAGCUUUCCAUCAGCAGAACUCAGUGGCUGCUAUUUUCAUUUACAACAAAGUAUUCUUCGAUCUUUACAGACUCAUGGUUUAAAACAACAAUACGAAACUGAUUUAACAUUUUCAGAUAAUAUUCAUAAAAUUCCCGCUUUAGCUUUUCUUGAACCUGAUUCUGUUAUUGAUGGUUUCGAAACAUUGUGCGCACGUUUAGAUGAUACUUACCAGGACAUUCUCGAUUAUAUGGAAGGUACAUAUAUUGGACGAAUACGAGGUGCAAUCAGAAGACAACCUCUUUUCAAUAUUGACUUUUGGAAUAUGCGUAAUCGAGUAUUAAAUAAUACACAUAAAACAAAUAAUAAUGUCGAAGCUUGGCAUCGAAAAAUGAAUUCAGCUUUUCUAUGUAAUCAUCCAAAUUUAUUGACUUCAAAAAAAAAUAUGGACUUCAAAAUUUAUGGACUGCAAAAGAACGAAUAUCUAAGGUCGAAAAUUCCUCCUAACAAAGAAAAAUUAGAAAAUGAACACAUACUAAUACCGCAGAAUGAUCAAUCAACGAAAACUUGGAUUCGCUACGUGGAUGAUAUUCUAAUUAUACUUAAUGGAUGUACAGAUGACGUACUAGUAUUAUUAAAUAAUAUCAACAGUAUUCAUCCUAACAUAAAAUUUACUGUUGAGCUAGAAAAAGAUAAUAAAUUAGCUUUCUUAGAUGUACUCAUUUAA